AUGUCAUCCAUUGUCAACAUCACUCCUCAGCCUAACAGCCAAAAGCGCAAGGGCGGUCGCGCACCAUUACCAGAGGUAGAAGAAAACUUCACGCGAUUGCCACCAGGACUCGGCGACAGGACCGAACGCGCAGUAUGCAAGCACUGCCAANAAGAACGGAGCUGGCACACGACAGAGCUGGUUAAGCACCUCGACAAAUGUCCACAAUAUACACCUUCCAAACGCGCAAAGUACACAAGACCAUGGCGCAUUGAAGGUCCCACCGACGUCCGUACUCCGAAUCAGCGACAAUCUCAACAACCAUCUCCGCAACAAUUGCAGAAUGCCACCCUUGAUCUCUCCAACCGGAAUCUGCGAGUCGGUCCCGCUGCCAUGUUCCAAUGGGCCAGCAACAUGGUCGCUGGACGACCGCUGACCACCAGUGAUGCCGAUCCCACGGCAGCCGAAGACCAUAACCAGGUAGACGGUCUGCAAGACAACGGCCAGCAAUUGCAAUCUGAGCCACGUCCACAACAACAACCGAACCAUCACAUUCUGCACACUCCUUCUCAGUCCCUCGGCGGCAACACAGACUUUACAAACACAAACACGCCCAACCUUGCUUNNCCAAGUACCAACCAACAACCACAACUCUCGACGACCGCAUCGUCUGCGCGCCCUCCUCCAGUCAGUGAUCCCGAACCACGACUGCAAGAAUUCAUACAGUACGAGAGAGGUCGCACGGUAUGGCAAACUCGGCCCGAGGAUCUGGAUGCCAUUGAGGCAUGGCUGCAUUAUCACAGGAUCGACAUUGAUGAUAUCAAGGAGCUCACAGAGACCAGAUGGGUGGACUCGUGGCAGCUGAAGCUGGGCGAUCUGUACAGGGUCAAGAGGGAUGUGCAGAAAUUCAAGUUCAAGUUACUUGAUGCGCACUAG